AUGCCGGUGCCGCCCAUGACGACCACCGGUGCUGAGCACUCGCAGGCCGAGGCAGAGCUUUGGUGCCACAGUUUCGGCUACCUCAAAUCCAUGGCACUGCAGUGCGCAAUCAAGCUUGGGAUCCCCAACGCCAUCCACCGCCGCGGCGGCGCAGCCUCACUGUCGGAGCUGCAUGCGUGCAUCCCCGUCACUGCAAGCAAACGCCCAUGCCUGUCUCGCAUCCUGACGUUCUUGGCGGCGACGGGUAUCUCCAGGGAGGAGGAGGAGAUCCCAGAAGACGCCCUGGCGGCGGCCGGCCCGCGCUACCACCUCACCGCGGCGUCUCGCCUCCUCGUCGACGACGACGACGCUAAAGGCGGCGGCCGCGGAUGCGUCGCUCAGCUCUUCAUCCUGUGCAGUUCGCCGUCCUACUUCACGGCGUCCCAGCACUUGGACGAGUGGCUCCAGCAGGAGGACGGGGACGGCGGAGCUCCGGCCGCGGUGCGGAUGCCGUUCACGAUGGCGCAUGGGGCGGGCUUCUACGACGUCGUCCGCCGCGACGCGGCGUUCGGCGUGUGCUUCGACGAGGCCAUGGGCUCAGACAGCCGCUUCGUGGCGGACAUCGUCGUCCGCGAGUGCGGCGAGGUGUUCGCCGGGCUGACGUCCCUGGUGGACGUCGGAGGCAACAACGGGACGACGGCUUGGGCCAUUGCCAAGGCCUUCCCGCACGUGCGGUGCUCCGUGCUGGAGCUGCCCCGUGUGGUGGACGCCAUGCCGGCUGAUGGCACCGUCGAGUUCGUUGCCGGCGACAUGAUGAAGUUCAUCCCUCCGGCCGACGCUGUGUUUUAG